CUACGUACGGGAGCAAGAGGAGGAAACAAACACAAGGAGAUCAGGAAAGUCGCUCCUGACUCUUAUACAAUGAAGAGGCUCGUUUGAGCUGCUAUUAAACGCUGUGACAAUGAUCCGGAUACUGAGCAGGGCGUCCUUUAAGGCUGCUGGUGGACUGUUAAAGGAUAUUCAAAGCAGACAGCUACACGGCACAUAUGACAUAGCUGUGGUGGGAGCCGGCAUUGUGGGCUUGGCCACAGCCAGAGAGCUGAUUCUGAGACACCCGUCGCUCAGUUUCGUCCUCCUGGAGAAAGAAAAGGAGCUUUCUUUACACCAGAGUGGGCAUAACAGUGGAGUCAUUCACAGUGGGAUCUACUACACGCCGGGAUCACUGAAGGCUCGCCUGUGUGUGCGAGGAGCCACUUUAGCCUACGAGUACUGUGAGAAGAAAGGACUUCCUUACAAGAGAUGCGGAAAGCUCAUCGUUGCUGUGGAGCAGGAAGAGAUUCCCAGACUGAAGGCUUUAUACGAGCGCGGCAUGAAGAACAACGUGCGUGACCUCACCAUUGUCGAUGGCAAGGGCAUCCGGGAGAGAGAGCCUUACUGCAGGGGGAUAAUGGCCUUGGAUUCGCCCUACACUGGCAUUGUCGACUGGAGGAUGGUGGCUCUCAGUUAUGGUACUGACUUCAAGGAGGCAGGUGGCACUGUGGUAACUGAAUAUGAGGUCAAUGACAUUUCCAUGAUCAAGGAGAGCCCAGCAGGAAGCACAGAAGGAAUGAAAUAUCCACUUGCAGUCAGAGAUAACAAGGGUAAUGAGGUGCGUUGCCGUUACGUCCUGACCUGUGGGGGCCUGUACUCAGACCGUCUGUCACAGAUAUCUGGAUGCAGUCGGGAGCCACGGAUCGUCCCGUUCAGAGGAGAUUAUUUAGUCUUGAAACCUGAGAAAAAUUACCUGGUCAAAGGAAAUAUUUACCCUGUUCCUGACCCUCGUUUUCCGUUCCUCGGAGUUCAUUUUACCCCGAGGAUGGAUGGAAGUAUUUGGCUCGGCCCCAACGCUGUCCUCGCCUUUAAAAGGGAGGGUUACAAAGUGUACGACUUCAAUGCUCAAGACUUUGCCGAUGCGCUCUCGUUCAGAGGCCUUCAGAAGCUAAUAAUGAGGAACAUUACGUAUGGAGUUGGAGAAAUGUAUAGAGGACUUUUCAUUGGUGCACAGGUUAAAAAUCUGCAGAAGUACAUCCCUGAACUUUCCCUGAGUGAUGUGAUCAGGGGUCCAACGGGGGUUCGAGCACAGGCCCUCGACCGCGACGGAAACCUCGUGGAUGACUUUGUGUUUGACGGCGGGGUCGGCGACGUGGGCAGUCGAGUGCUCCAUGUGCGUAAUGCUCCUUCGCCGGCAGCCACUUCCUCCCUCGCCAUUGCUGAGAUGAUUGCAGACGAGGUGGAGAACCGUUUUACGCUGUAGCAGAGGGAGAAGAGAAAACCAAAGAAAAUCCAGCUGUCAUGACUUCUUUAUUACAGGACAGGCCUUAAUUUAACAGAAUAAAGUGACUUAUCUGCUGCGCUUUUGUUUUUAACACUUUUUUAUUUUCGUGGUGCUACUUCAGGUUGUAUGUUUACUCCACCACGUAUCAAAGUACAGUUUAUUUUGUGCAUUACAUUUCUGUGUAGAAAUAAAGUUUGCCAUGACCUGCUUUUUACAUUUGUAACUUCAAUGUCAUUAUCAUCAGUUUCUAACAUUAAAAUUAUAAUAUCAAAGUGCA